AUGAACCAAAGAUCAAAACAGUCCAAACUUGGUCUAAAACAAUCAGAUUUAAGGCGGCGUGCGCACGAUAAAUCGACUGGAGUCAGUGCUGCCUCUUCUGCUGCCCAAGCUGGUGUCAUAAAGCCAUAUGCAAUGCUUGCUAAGGUGGUUUCUGAGGAGGACAAAGAAAGUAUGCUAGAGCCAGGUAUGGGCACAGAGGCAUUUGCAGAUAUGGAUCUGAACAGCGUAGAGACUUGGCAGGAAGAGGAACCUGAGAUGCACUCUUAUGAUUGCGAUUCUGAUGAACUAAUUGAGGAUUUGCUGGAUAAUGAGGCAGAAGUAAUUACAAAGAAGCAGAAUAAGAGGCCCAAUAACAAUGAUCCUUGGGAUGGCAUGGGAUAUGAGCCAAAUGAUGAUUUGCCUGAGGAUAUAGAUUAUCAGGGGAGUGAGGAAAUUGACGUACUUAGAGGCAACGAAGACGAUGGCUUGGAUGAAACUGCUUCAGAACAUUACGACUAUCAGAUUGAGCGUGAACUUUAUGCGUGUAGUGGUGAAGAAGAGCCUUUAGAAGAAGAAGAGGAUUCUGAAGAAGAAAACUUGGGGGAAGUUGAAGAGUUGGGGUUUCCUUUGCUUGUUGAUACUGUUGAAGUUGGCCUGCCAGCUGCCGUCAAGACUUCACAGUUACCUUUGGGUCCUUCCGAUCACAUAGAGGGCUCCGAUGAGGAAGAGGAGGAUGUCUACGAUGACGAGACUCAAGGCCUUUUGUCAGGAGACCGGUACCAAAGAAAACGAGAGCCAUUGAGUGGCACUGGCCGACGGACAAAUCACUACCAUCAGCAUCAGUCCUUCUCUGGUAGCACAGAUGUUUUAAAAAUUAAUGCUACUUCCUCUUCUGCACAAACUUUGCCCGCAAUCUCAGACGGAAAGCAUAUUGUUGCUGCAAUAAUCGGCUCCAACGAGAUGCCCACUCGGGUCCGUCGCCGAAAAAGUCGUCGUGAAAUUUCAGGGCAAUCCCUCAAAAACACAUCUGCAUCAACUCUAAACAAUUUGCCUGCUCAAAUCCAAAUGUCUUCUCAGUCUUCAAAAUCACAUAAAGAGAGCAAAGAUCGCCGUCGGCGUACGGGGCCAGAACUGUCUGAUACGACAGCUGGAAUGGACCAGACCUGCCGACCUAGGAAGAGGCCUGGCUGGCUCGGGCGUCGCUUUUCAGCACAGGGCGGUGGUGCUCGGGCAUUCGGCUUAGGCCUGAUGCAUCCUUAUCGGCUCACUCGAAACCUGAGUGAAAUGCUCGUUGUUGCCCUCAAGCAGGUAAUUACUCAAAAGACGGCUUCAUGGUACUAA